GUUGCUGGAGCCGCAGCUUCUGCUGCAAGCUGCGGGGUCGCCGUCUCGGGAGCGCCGCCUGCUGCUCCCGUUCCCUAUGGUGUCAUGUGAGCCUCCUUGCUAGCUGCUGCCUGAGUGGAAAUGCUCUCAGUGGAGAAUGGGCUGGACCCUCGGGCUACCAUCCAGGUCAUCAAGAAGAAGCUGGUGGGAUCCGUGAAAGCCCUGCAGAAGCAGUAUGUGUCUCUGGACACAGUGGUCACCAGUGAAGAUGGAGAUGCCAACACCAUGUGCAGUGCACUGGAGGCCGUGUUUAUCCACGGCCUGCAUGCCAAGCACAUCCAUGCUGAGGCCGGGGGGAAGAGGAAGAAGCACACUCACCAGAAGCCUCUGCCUCAGCCUGUUUUCUGGCCCCUUCUGAAGGCCGUCACCCACAAACACAUCAUCUCAGAGUUGGAACACCUGGUCUUCAUCAACACAGAUGUAGGCCGCUGUCGGGCCUGGCUGCGGCUGGCCCUCAAUGAUGGUCUGAUGGAGUGCUAUCUGAAAUUGCUCCUGCAGGAGCCCGCACAGUUGUGCGAGUACUAUCAGCCCACAGCCCUGCUGCGGGAUGCCGAAGAGGGCGAGUUCCUCCUGAGCUUCCUGCAGGGACUGACAUCCUUGUCCUUUGAACUCUCCUACAAGUCGGCCAUCUUAAAUGAGUGGACACUCACCCCACUGUCUCUUUCUGGGCUCUGUCCCCUCUCUGAACUCGAACCUCUCACUACCUCUGGGGCAGAAUUACAGCGGAAGGAGUCUCUGGAUUCAAUUUCCCAUUCCUCGGGCUCUGAGGACAUCGAAGUCCAACACUCUGGCCACAAGAUCCGCAGGAACAGGAAGCUCACUGCCUCUUCCCUCAGCCUGGACACGGCCAGUUCAUCCCAGCUGUCCUGCAGCCUAAACUCCGACAGCUGCCUGCUACAAGAGAAUGGCUCCAAGAGCCCCGACCAUUCUGAGGAGCCCAUGUCCUACGACUCAGAUCUGGGCCCGGCAAAUGCUGAUGACUCUGACAGGUCUCUGCAAGAGGUAUUGUCAGAAUUCAGCAAAGCCCAGGUAAACUCCGUGCUGAGCAGCGGACCAAGCCAAGAGACAGAGACCGCCACCACGCUCCAGACCCCACUGUCCCUCCACAGCCUAGCUACACAGCUGCGCUUUGAGGGGCCUGCAGAGCUUCCUGCCCACGUUUCCUCUGGGACCCCAAGUGGUGGCCACAAGCAUCAGCUGCUUCCCCAAGAGACCCCAGAGGUGCAGCAGCUGGGCACUGCCCAAGCUGCCCCUGCAGAGAGCUCUUCAGACCAGCAGCCUUCUAGUCUUGUGGACCGAACAGCUGGCCAAGGGAGCGGUCAGCUGGCCCUGGAAUGUGAUGGAUUUGGACCGAAGCUUGUGGUUUCCUCUCCUGCCAGUCCGAAAGGCAAGAGCUGGAUUUCUGAAGAUGACUUCUGCCGACCUCCCCAGCAGCACACUCCCAAGAGUGCUUCUGAUGGCACCACCUCUCCAGAUGGGACUCCAGAGUCACGGCCUGCUCUCCACAGGUGUUUUUCUCAAGGACCAAGAAAGAGCUGUUCCCUGGGGGCCUUAGACGAAGCAGGUGUGCCUUCACCAGACUGCAGGAAUGCCAAAGCAGCCCCAGCGUCCGUGCUGGCACAAGAUCAUAAAAAUUUCUGUGUGGUGCAUCGGAGGCAGAUGGGGCUAUCGAACCCAUUCCGGGGCCUCGUGAAACUGGGCACAGUAGCCCGGCGAGGGGCCAUGGGCAUCUGGAAGGAAUUCUUUUGCGAGCUAUCUCCACUGGAGCUCCGCCUCUACCUGAGUGAUGAGGAGCGCACCUGUAUGGAAAGCUGCUCCUUGCUACGAUGUGAGGCCGUGGGACCAGCCCACAGCGAUGGACGGUUUGAGUUGGUCUUCUCUGGCAAGAAGCUGGCACUGCGUGCCUCCUCCCAGGAUGAGGCUGAGGACUGGCUUGACCGUGUGCGGGAAGCCCUGCAGAAGGUGCGUCCUCAGCAGGAGGAGGAGUGGGUGAAUAUCCAGUACCCAGACCAGCCGGAGGAUGCCCUAGAGGCUCCCCCAGACAACCUCCCCCCUCACUCAGCCCUGCUCCCAGAGCCUGCAGCUACCCAGGGCAUGCAGCUGGACUGGACAUCUGCCCAGGUUCCAGAGCCAGAUGCUAUCAAAGAGUCCCUUUUGUACCUGUAUGCAGACCGGACCUGGGUCCCCUAUAUUUUUUCCCUGUCCUUGGAGUCUCUGAAAUGUUUCCGUGUGAGAAACAAUGAGAAGAUGCUAAGUGAUAGCCAUGGAGUGGAGACCAUCCGAGACAUCUUGCCAGACACCAGCCUUGGAGGCCCAGCCUUCUUCAAAAUCAUCACAGCCAAGGCCGUCCUGAAACUACAGGCCCAGAACACUGAGGAGGCCACCCUGUGGAGAGACCUGGUCCGAAAGGUGCUGGCAUCUUACCUGGAGUCAGCAGAGGAGGCUGUGACGCUCGGGGGCAGUCUGGAUGAAAACUGCCAGGAGGUGCUGAAGUUUGCCACCAGGGAGAACGGCUUCCUGCUACAGUACCUUGUGGCCAUCCCCACUGAGAAGGGCCUUGACUCCCAGGGCUGCUUCUGCGCAGGCUGCUCUCGACAGAUCGGCUUCUCCUUUGUGCGACCCAAGCUCUGUGCCUUCUCUGGCCUGUAUUACUGUGACUUCUGCCACCAAGACGAUGCCUCAGUGAUCCCAGCCAGAAUCAUACACAACUGGGACCUCACCAAGCGCCCGGUCUGCCGGCAGGCCCUGAAGUUCCUGGCACAGAUCCGGGCCCAGCCCCUUAUCAACCUGCAGCUGGUGAACGCCUCACUGUAUGAGCAUGUGGAGCGUAUGCACCUCAUUGGCAGGAGCCGGGAACAGCUGAAGCUUCUGGGGGACUACCUGGGCCUGUGCAGAAGUGGUGCCCUGAAGGAGCUGAACAAAAGGCUAAGCCACAGGAAUUAUCUCUUGGAGUCUGCUCACAAAUUCAGUGUUGCUGACCUCCAGCAGAUUGCAGAGGGGGUGUAUGAAGGAUUCCUCAAAGCCCUGAUUGAGUUCGCCUCCCAGCAUGUCUACCACUGUGACCUGUGUACCCAGCGAGGCUUCAUCUGCCAGAUCUGCCACCACCAUGACAUCAUCUUUCCCUUUGAGUUUGACACCACAGUCAGGUGUGAGGAAUGCAGAACUGUCUUCCAUCAGAGCUGCCAGGCUGUGGUGCGGAAGGGCUGUCCCCGCUGUGCCCGCCGGCGCAAGUACCAGGAACAGAGCAUUGUCAGCUAAGCCUGCUGUCCUGACCUUCAGAGGCCAUCCGACUGGGUUUGUCAUCAGCCUAGGUUUCUCUGUCUCCCUGUAAGGGACACUCUCAGGCGUGCCCAGAGCUACAGCUUCCAGAGAAGGCCCAGGAAGCCCCAGUGACCCUUCUGGCCCCUCAUUAGCCUUCUCCUCCAGGAGGUGGGAACCCACCCAGUGGUGCCUCUGCAAAGGCCUUUCAUCCAGCCUGGUGUACCUAGCUUUCAUAGCACCUCCAUUAGGGCUGUUCAUACACUGUGGAAACGAGGCCUGGUGAGCACUUUCAACUCACAUUCCUGAUUAAAAGGUCUAGUUUUUUAAGGUGGGUCCCCCCCCCUUCAUAUUUAAACAGAAAUAUUUUUUUUUAUUCGUGACCCUACCUAACCACCUAAGAAAUGCAGCCAUUCGCCCAGGCAGAUGGUGAGAGC